CGGGCCGGAGAACGGUUAACGUUUGCGUAAAAUGAGAGGCGAGGCCGCUGACGUUAUCUUUUCAGGUUUGACGACCUGAAAACAAAAGGCUCAGAGUUUUAUUUGCCUGAUAUUGCAUAAAUAAAACACAACUACUUGUUAAUACUUUGAAAUUGGACCAACCCAAUCAAUGUUUCAGCUUCACGCGUGUCUGUUUUCAUGUUAUAGUAAGCGCACAGGUUGUUUCCUGAUUAUUGGUCAAACCUGCUUUGUUGGGAAUGCAGUCAAACCUCUUGGCUGUACUUGAGAGAGUAUUCUGUCGUCACACAAGUACUGUGUGAACGUAAAACUGAGACAACAAUGGGCUGAAGGAAGCUUUUAUUUCCUUUUAAAAAGUAGUCCCAAGAACUUGUUGACUUGAAAAAAAGAAAAUCUCACUGUGCACUCUACACCCUAUUUUGUAUCUAAGUGUUCUCCAGCUGUCUUCAUCAUUCUGAAACCAUAACAAAUGUGGAGGAUGACUGAGUUUAGCGUAAACAGCAUUGCUAAUCUUGAAACCUUUAGUUGUACAGUGCUGGACUAGAGUUCACAGAAUGAAUGUUUAGCUGACCAGUCGGAGAGAUUGAGGGGAAAUGACACAAAGUUGAAGGCAUUUUUAACCCCCCGCCCCUGUUCAUGUCACUACAUCUUGUGUACUCAUAUUUGCAGUGGUGAACACUCAUAAUUAGGAGUUGCAUGACAACUAAAUUGAAUUCAGGCUGGUCUGAAUUGUGGCUAAAUGAACUGACCUGACCCAAGAUUAGAUCACUCUAAUGAGCAUCAACAUGCAUGUAUGACGGGUCUGUGCAUCGUUCCUGGUCCAUAAAAACAUACAUUUAACACAAAUGAAAUCUAGGACACUUCUUUGAGUAAUUUCCCUAAAUGUUUAAAGGGAAACUUCAGUGAUUUUACACAUCAAAUUCAGAUUACUCAUCGUGAGAAUUUAAGAAACAAUAAUCUAGUCUUUUAAAAUGCUGGUCUAUUGAAAUGUCCUUGAAACCCAGUACUGUGCUGAAUCUCUAUGCUAAACAAAAAGCACAUUUUUGGCACUUUUGCUUGAAAAAUUAAUCAAACAUUUAAAUUGAUUAUCCAAAAAAGAUGCUGAUUUAUUUUAUGGGUUUAAUUGAGAAAUUGAUUAAUCAACUGUUAACUGCAGCUUUUAGAUAAAAGGAUAAUCUGAACUCUACCUCUGUAAAACAGUGAUGUUGCCUUUGAUGGGAGCAACAUCUUGUCUUCUUAUGUUAACAUUCUGAAAACCUUUUGUUUCCUUCUCGUCUUCUGGCCGAUAAAAGAUCACUUUGAGUAAAAUGUUUCAGCAUGCAGAACAAUGUAGACGACCUGAGUCUACACUUCUCUCUCAGUUCUUGAUCUUCCUCUGUAGGUGAGCAUCCCCACUACUCAUAAUGUCAAACACCGGCCUUAUUCAACGCAUCCGCAGCCGCCCUCAACCCCCAACACCGAUGCUAGCAUGUUCAAAGUUGGUAUUUUGUGUCAUACCCGUUGCUCAGAUUAUCAUCGGUGCAAUAUAUCUGGAUGACUGUCCGCGGCAGCACUACAUCCCCAUCUAUCUGAUCGUGGCGGGAGUCUUUGGCCUGGUGCUGGCGGCGCUCUCCUGCCUGCCCUGCGCCAGAACCCCUGAAGACGGCACCCCCAACCCGCUCAGUCAGGUCUGCACGACCUGGAACUCGUUGACAUCUUUGUUCCUCUUCUGCUGGUUCAUAGCUGGUAACGUGUGGAUAUACUCUAUUUACCAGCCCAACUACAUCAAGAACGCGGGUCCGUACUGCGACAGGACGCUCUACCUGUUCGCCUUCUGGACCACCACCUUAGUCUACAUCCUGCUGGGUCUGUUCCUGGUUAACGGCUUAUGUGUCCUCCUCUGCUGUUGCCUGUGCUGCCAAGCCGCCAACGCAGACGACGACGUCUAGAGACAAAACAAACCAACGAGGGGACGGGAUGCGUCUAAUGAGGCUGUUGAUUGGUUGAUAUAGUGCGACAAAAGACUAAUAUGUUUCAUCUUAAUGCCUACCAUGUCUCCUAGUGGCACUUAGUUGCACUUCUAGUUGUUUCGACAGCCUCAUUUAGAGACACACUUAACUCCAAGAAGCUGUAGAUUAGUGCUGGGCAGUAUGACCAAAAAUGUGUAUUACGGUAUUUCUUAAGAUUCUGUCGGUUUCACUGUAUAUCAAGGUAUUUUUUUUUUCCUUGACUGGGUUUUUAUACAGGUGUGGCUUACUCUACUGUCAGGAGUACAUCGAAUAUAAAAACAUUUUAAUGUCAUGUAGAAAGGCUUUGAUUACUAUAGGGUUUGUUCGUAUAAUGUUGGGAUAGCAGUUUGGCUGAAGCAUUUUCACAAAGCACAACAGGUAACCCGGAAAGAAGAAUAUUUCAAAAGUCAAGGCAAUAGAAUGACCGUAUGCAAGAAAUGCUCAUAUAGUCUAUGAUGCAAGCACAUACCAGGGUAACAUUAGAAGAAAAUACAUAAAUGAAUAUAAAUAAAUAAUCCUGGACCGAUGGGAGUGUGUUAGCAUCAGUAGUUGACUACAUGCAGUUUAAUAUUAAUUUAUCCAUGUACACAGCAAGAAUCAACUUUUAGGUUUCAGCAUUUUCAUUAGCUGCUGCACAUGCCUUUUGUGUGCUGCUAGUUAAGAGAUAACAAAACAACACAUAGAGUUGUUGGUAGAUGUAAUGAAAGUAAACAUGGUAGAAAUCAUCUGUGUUUCAUCAAUUCAUCAACAGGUGUGUUUCUUUUCAAAUCAUGUCCAAUUAACUGAAUUUAACACAGGUGGACUCUAAUCAAGGUGUACAAACAUCUCAAAGAUGAUGGGAGGCACCUGAGCUACAUUUCAAAUGUCUGAGCAGAGGUGAUGUGAUAUUUCAUUUUUAUACUUUUAAUAAAUUUGCGAAAUAUUCUAAAAUCCUGUUUUAUACUUUUUUAAAAAUUCUAAAAGCCCUUCUGGGAACGGGCAUAGGAAAUUAGGAAAACUGCUGUGAAACAUUGCAUUGGAAAAUUGUUCUUCAACACUCUAUGUACAGUAUAUGUAUUUGUCCCUAAACUGCCAGCUGCAGCCACACAAUCCCCACACUCACCUGCUCACCUGCUCCUCAUUCCCAUCACCCAGUAUACGUCAGCACCAGAAUCACAUGUUUAGUUGAUGUGCAUCUUUUAUCACAGAAAUAUUACAAUUUACAUACAAAAUACAAAAUAUGAUACUGAAUAAUGAUGUCUGUUUACUCUUUAAAAUAACUUUCACGACAGCAUUGCAUUAUGUAAAAAAUAAGGUUUGGAUAUUACUCAUAAUAUUUUCACUCUUUUUAUUAAGUUACAUGUUUUCAGAGAGAUAGUCAGGGAUGUCCAUCCAAUUGGUGGGCUGGGCUGAAAUGUCAGCACGGUUUGCGCAAGAGGUUGGCCAGUGCUUUGUUGUGGAUGGGUUUAUAGAGGAGAGAGAAGCUGGAGGGGCUGAGAAGGCCGUUGCCCUGUGGGUCGACUUUUCCCAUCAACACGUAGUUACGGCCUGAACAAGAGAAAAAAUGUGUCAGAAUUUGUCAAAUACCAGAUCAUGGAUUAAAUUAACGGACACUUAUUGUUUGACUAAAAUAAUAUACUCUUUCUGUAAUAGUCAUAAUGUGUUACAGUAAUUAAUUCCAAAAGGAAUCAAACAAAGUCACAAUUGCAUCCCAAAUUAAAUUUGUAAUCAAACAGUUAACUAUAUUCUUUCAUUUCUGCCUUUAAUGACUAGGAUAUAUUGGUUAAAUAAAG